AUGAAAUUCCUUGUGUUGGCUGCUCUGCUCACAGUGAGCGCUGCUGCGCACAUCAUCAGCCCUCGGGCUGUGUGGCAGUUCCGCAACAUGAUCAAAUGUACUAUUCCUGGGAGUGACCCCUACAAGGAAUACAACAACUACGGCUGCUACUGUGGCUUGGGGGGCUCAGGUACCCCGGUGGAUGAUCUGGACAGAUGCUGCCAGAAACAUGACCAUUGCUACACUGAGGCUAAGAAGAUGAGCAGUUGUAAAUUCCUUGUGGACAAUCCUUACACCAACACCUACUCCUACACGUGCUCUGGCUCCCAGAUUACCUGCAGCAGUAUGUCUACUGCAAAAAACAACGAAUGUGAAGCUUUCAUCUGCAACUGUGACCGUGAAGCUGCCAUCUGCUUCUCCAAGACCCCAUACAACAAGGAGCACAAAGACCUGGAUACCAAGAAAUUCUGUUAGGACUCUCACCUUUGAAAAGCAGCACCCCCUUCCUGCUUUGUUGCCUGCAUCUUACAUUCUGUCUUCCAAUAAAGCACCAUCUUGAAAGAACUCACGUUUGGAGAUUGCUGUAUUCCUGUCUACUAAACAUAACUAGAUCACUAGGAAGAUCAUGCCUUAGGCUGG